CCUUUACUUUCCUUUCCUUCCACCACAUCAACUCCACAUACAUAGUUCUCUCAACUCCUUCCUUUCCCAUUUGCCUCCCCCCCUUUUCCCUCCAAUCCCUUUGUCUCCCUUCUUCUUCAUUUCUAUUAUCUUCCCCUUUAGUCAUUACCCCACCCCAACCCCCCUCCUAAAAUAACCCUUCCAACCCAACAAAAACCUAAGAAAACCCAUCAUAAUACCCCAAUAAUGGAGAAAACCUCAAUAAAUCCUACAACUACUACUAGUAACUCCCUAGAUCAAACCCAUGAUUUCAUGAAUGUAGACUCCUUCUCUCAACUCCCCUUCAUCCGGCCCGCCCCGACCACCACCACCAAACCCUCCUCCUCGGCAACCGCCAACACUGCGGCUAUCCGCCUCUUCGGCAUCGACUUCUCCUCCUCCUCCACCACCGCCACCACCGAAAACUCUGAUUCCGGCGAUAGCAACAACCUCGAAACCACCAUCACCACCACCACCAACACCACCACAACCACCACUAGUGAAAGUAGUGGAAGGAAAUUUGAAUGCCAUUAUUGUUGUAGAAACUUCCCUACAUCACAAGCCCUUGGAGGCCACCAAAAUGCACACAAAAGAGAAAGACAACAUGCUAAAAGGGCCCACCUUCAGUCAGCCAUGAUGACGGCGGACCCCACCGGACACCACCAUCACCAUUUUUAUGGCUUAGCUAACAGCUACCAUCACCGUACUUCAACUAACUCUUACUACCCUACAUCACUUUCCAACACAGCCAGGUACUCUUAUCACUACCCCACCCAAAACCCAACCCACCCACCAACAAUAAACGGUAACCCAUUAACAGUUUGGCGGAUCCCUACAACAGUUCAUUCUCAUUCAUCUCAUCAUCAUACUUAUGCUAGCUCACUUCAUCGUGACCGUUCAUUGCCUUUACUUGCUGGAUCUCAUCAUCCGGGUAUGAAUAUAAAUAUGGGUAUGGGUUCUUCUCAUCCGGGUCAAGUUCGCCGUGGAAGUAGUGACCAAGUGAGUUUGGAUCUUCAUUUGUAAUAAUUUUUUUAAUAUAAUACUUUUAUUUAUGUCAUUGGUUUAUUUUAGUUAUUAGUAGAGCUAAGCUUGCUCUUGAACAAAAAUUAGGGUUUAUUGAGGAGUACUUUUGUGUACUUUUGCUAAUUAUUAGAAUUAUUAAUCUUAAUUAAUUAUUCCUUUGUGGAAGCCAAUUAAGCUUGACUUUUUUUUUUUUUUAUUUAGCUAUGUAAUUAAAUUAUUUUGAUGAAAAAAGAGAAGAUUCAGGUUUAUGUUUAAUUAGCUUAUUUUCAUAUCAACAUUUAAGCGACUCAUCAUCAUAUAUUCAACAAUUGAAAUUCGCUCAUAAAAAUUUUAAAUUUGAUUAAAGUUUAUAGAGGAUUAAAAGACGACAGACUAUAAGAGUAUAAGUGAGCAGCUUCGUUCUUCAAUGUAUGUCAAUGGAGGAAUCCAAUAUAAACGUGAAUGACGUCUUUUUAAAGUUAAUAGGAACUCACCCAUUCUUGUGUGAUAUGGUUUCACCGUAAAGCGUUUUUUAUAGAUUGAUCAUAAUUCAAUUAAUAUAAUAAUAAUUAAUAUAUGAAUUUCUUAUUUUGAAAUCAUUUCACUGUAAAAUGGUAUCUAACAAGAUAGUUAAUAGAAAUUUCAUUUGUUGGACUUAAAUUGUUAUAGUAUUACUAUUAAGUAAUCUAUAUACAUAAGAAUAAGCUUGGAAGUAAAUUUCUUUUGUAUGUGUUGGAAGAAGAGUAUAUAAAUUUUUUAAUUUGGUGUAUGGAUAAUUCUCUAUAGGUAAGAGUGAGGGAGAGGGGGAAUUGAUAUAAAUUUUCUAUUUGGUGAGAAGCUAAUUUUUAUCUAUUAGUGGAAAAAAUAUUAUACAUACAACGAUUUUUUGUGUCAUAUAUGCUGCGGUUUAGACCUUAAACACACGUGAUGGCAGCGGAUAUGUUUAUUUGCUGCUUCAAUUUAAAACCGAAACGGAUCAGAAGUGAGAGGAAAAAUGUUCAAUCACUAUGAAUAAAGGAUGAAUUAUUUUUGAUUUGGUACCAUUUACACUAUUAUUUUUCUAAUUAAGGAUUUGUGAGGUUGAAUUAGUAUUUUGGAAAUAAGCUCCAAUUUGGUAUUUUGACAAUUUUACACAAUCUGAAAAUUGCUACGAUGCCCAUCAAAAUCAAAUAGAAUUGGUUGAUUUGAAACUUUUGAACUGCUAUUACGCUCCUGGAAAUAAAUUUCAAAUUUGGUAUUUUGACAA